GCCGCCGUCGCCGUGGAAAUAGUUCAACGGCCGAUCCGCGGGUGGGAGUGAGGGCGGACAGCUGCUACAAGUCUCUGACCUGGUCAGGCGUCUUUUCAUAUAGAUAAGCUGCUUUUGGAGUAAGCGGAGAACAACUUCAAGCAGCAUGGGAAAGGACUUUUACCAAGUGCUGGGCAUUGGUCGCAAUGCAUCAGAAGAUGAAAUCAAGAAAGCUUACAGGAAGAUGGCCCUCAAGUACCACCCAGACAAGAACAAAAGUGCUGGUGCAGAGGAGAAGUUCAAGGACGUCGCCGAGGCUUACGAGGUGCUGAGUGACAAGAAAAAGAAAGAGGUGUAUGACAGGUAUGGCGAGGAGGGCCUGAAGGGUAACAUGGGUGGUGGGCCGGGCAUGGGCGGCGGCGGCCCAGGCGGCCCGGGCGGCCCCGGCGGCUACACGUACACCUUCCACGGCGACCCGCGCGCUACGUUCGCCCAGUUCUUCGGCGGCAACAACCCGUUCGAGACGUUCUUCACGAGCGGCAUGGGCCCGGGUGGCGGCGUCAUCUUCGACGAGGAGAUGGACGACGGCCAGAGCCAGUUCUACAGCAUGGGCCAGCAGCGGCCCAACGCCUUCCGCUCGCAGUCGUUCAACACCGGCUCCCCGAAGCAGCGUCAGAAGCAGCAGGACCCGGCCGUCGAGCACGACCUCUACGUCGCGCUGGACGACAUCGCGCGCGGCUGCACCAAGAAGAUGAAGAUCUCGCGCAAGGUGAUGAACCCGGACGGCGUGACGUCGCGCCGCGAGGACAAGGUGCUCACCAUCAACGUCAAGCCCGGAUGGAAGGCCGGCACCAAGAUCACGUUCCAGCGCGAGGGCGACCAGGGCCCGAGCAAGAUCCCGGCCGACAUCGUGUUCAUCAUCCGCGACAAGCCGCACCCGCUGUUCAAGCGUGACGAGUCCAACAUCCGGUACACGUGCCCGGUGAGGCUGCGCGACGCGCUGUGCGGCACUGUGGUGCAGAUCCCGACGCUCGCCGGCGAAAAGGUGCCGCUCGACCUGUCACGAGAGGUCAUCAAGCCUAACACGACCCGGCGCCUGCAGGGGCGCGGUCUGCCCCUCCCCAAGGAGCCGAAUCGGCGCGGCGACCUCAUCGUCACGUUCGACAUCAAGUUCCCCGACUCGCUGUCGGGCAGCGCCAAGGAGAUCCUGUCCAGUAUCUUGUGAGCUUACGGGCCGGGUGGGAUUGGGCGGGCGUCGCAGGAGGCGCCCCGUCGGGCCCCAGGCUGCGGCGACGGCAGGAUCGGCGCCUCCGCGGAGGCUCCUGGCUAUGUGCCAGACGGGGGCGCUGCUGCAGGUGCGCGCGUGAGGCUCGGCGCCGGACUCUGGUGGAGGCGCUGGACGCUGGCCGGAUCACGCCAGCUACCCCGCUGAUAUGACGGCGGGAGGUGCUGGUCAGUCCUCUGAGAGGGGACACGUCCCGAGGACCACACGUGGUAGUUCUGUGAGAGGAGUUGUCCAAAGGACCAGGUGUGUUAGCCGACGUAUGGGGAAAUCCCGCGGGGGCGAUGUGUGAGCCGUACUGUGAAUUGUGUUUCCACAUCCAUAUGAGCUUGUGUGGGUGUUUUCAUUUGCCUGUCCACUAUGUGGUUCGUGAUAUUACAUUUACCACUUAUUCUCCCCGUGACGGUCGGUGACGCGAGGAACCAUAUACAAUUAUGCGCUGGGAAGGUUGUGUGGGUUAUCGAAUAAACUUGUUUCUCA